AUGUCAUUCUUCGGUUUCGAUACAAGCGGUCACAACGCUGCUGCGCCGGGCUUCUCUCAAGCUCAUGAUCCCUUUGCUGGUCUCUCCGGUGGCAAUACCGGUGCCGACGAUGCACUUGACUUUGAAGAUACUUACGAUGGUCUUGGCGAUCAGCUUGACGAUGCUGACGAUGCAUUCAACGACGACACCUUCGGCGGUGACAGUGGUGGUGGUGAUGUAGUCGCAGCACCGAAGGUUGGCAAAGACUUCGACUUCUUCGGUCAGACUGCCAAGGUUUCCGAUGCAAUUGAGGAAGAGCACCUCCGUUUCAACCGCCAGCAACCGACCGCCAGGUCUAAUGUUCCUCAGGGUCACACUGCUCAGCCUCCCUCUGACCCUCAUCUUGCUCCCCAGCAGCAACAACAGCAGCAGUACCAGCAGCAAUACCAACAUCAGCAGUACCAACCAGAACAGUAUCGUCAAGCGCCUGCCCGCACUGGCUAUGAAAAGUAUCAUGUUGCAGAACCCAUUCCGGAUCUACAUGUCGACCAGAGCAUUUGGGGCAUUGGCCCUCCCAAGGCCGCUCCUGCUCCCGAGACGUCAUCAAAGAGCCGCAAAAUUCUGAGCCUGGAAGAGGUUGAGGCGGCUAUGCGAUCUGAAUCCAAUCCUGCCGCUCAUGCGCAGCAGCCCGCUCCCGCCCAGCAGUCUACUCACGUAUACCCACAGGCGAAUACCGGCUACUACCCCGGACAGCCGCAGAUGCCUCCUUCCCCGGCGCAGUAUCACCAACAAGGGCCUCCACAAGGGCAGCCUGUUACUAUUCUUCAGCGCCCUCAGUCUGGGCAGGAGCCUCCUCAUCAGCGCCAGAUUCUUACCGAGGAACAGUUCCUGCGCCAGCACGCCCAUCCGACACAAAUACUGCAGAACCCAAACAGGCUCUCCGGUGAUGCUCAGCGUGCCGCUUUUAUUGGUCAACAGCAUGGAAGAACCCCCAGCGGUCCCGGCCCUAUGCAGCAUUUGUACAAUCAUCCUCAGCUUUCUGGCAUGUCCGAGGAUGAAAAGGCAGCCUUCUUGGAUCAAGAAACCAAACGCGCCAAGCGCAACCACAAGAUUUGGCUUCUGUCGAAGGAUAAUGGCGUAAUGACUCCUCAGGACAAAAACUUUAUCACUCGCAUCCAGCUGCAGCAGCUAAUUGCUGCUACCGGUAACCCUGCUGAGCAGUCUGGCGACACUUCUAUAGCUGAGGACUUUUAUUACCAAGUCUACAGCCACAUCCGUGCCGGACAGAGACAAAAUCCUAGCCAGCCUCUUAGCAACUUUGCCCAAACUUACCUGUUUCAGACUGGCAGCCGCCACGGACCGCGUCGGCACGGCCGCCCGGCUGAGAACCACAUUCAGCGCAUGGAGCAACAGGUCCAGAGAGCUGUCGAGGCCGCCAAGAACAAGCCCAAAAACCCCCAGCUGGUGAUUGCUGGUAGUCUUGGUAAAAUUUCGUUCAGCAACGCCAAGACUCCUAAGCCUCUCCUCAACAUUCAAAGAAAGGAGACUGAGUCCCCUCGGCCUACUACCGGUCGAAACCCUGAUACUGGCCCCAACCGCAAGACCAUUCUGCGUAACGUUGAGCGUGUCUAUGAUACUCUCAUGAAGCUCGAAGACCACGUCAGAGUCCUUCCUCCUCCCAGCCAUGGCCCUGCCGAGCCCGAGUUGGAAGCGAGGCACCGCGAAUGGACUGCCGAGCUUGAGGCUCUCAAUGGCAAACUCUGGGAAGAGCUCAAGGUUCACGAACCCAUUGGCGCUACCGUGCCUCACCCUUUCAUCGCCUUCUUAUCUUGUGCUAAAGGUAAGAAGGCCAUUCCUCGCAUCUUUCCCCAUCUCAGCUUCGAGCAGCGCACUACCAUCUUAACUAUGAUUGUGUACCACCUUGAUCAGCUUGAUGUGGUUCAGGGAGCCGCUGUUACCGAUGACGAUACCACUCUCAACUCGAGAAUGCGCGAGAAUAUUGAGCUUUUCCUUUCGACUGUCAUGCCAUCACUCAUGCAAUACUUCAACGAUACUGGUCUAGAUAUCGUCGAUGGCGUUCUCAACCUGAUUGCCACCAAGCUGAACCUGGAUCUGAUCGCCAGAACACGCAUUGGUGUCUCUAUGCUCACUCUGAUUCUGAGCCGAUCUGUUCUGCUCAAGCAGACCAAUGCUGGAAGCGCCGAGCAAUGGGAGAAGUGGGAGCAGACUUUUGAUAUCCUUUUCGGGCGUCUUGAGUCCUCGCUUCCCUACAUGUUUCCGGGCAGCGUUAACGCCGGCAUUGACGUCUAUGUAUGGCAGUUCCUUGCUGCUAUGGGUGUCAGUGCGAACCACGACCAGCAGACGCGCCUGGUCCUGGCUGUCAAGGACCGUGUCCUCGACACCGUCUCCUUGUCCAAGACUCUGCCACCUGCCAUGGCCACUGAGCGCCUGGCCAGUGUCAACCUGUUCAUGAGAGCCAUUGGCCUCGAUGUGGAACUCUUGCAGUGA